CUCCGGCUUCGCGGCGGCGGCGGCAGCGGCGGCGGCGGCGUCUGCUCCGGGCAGCGGCGGCGGCGCGAGCGGCCAUGGACGCGGGCGCCGGGGCCGGCGCGGGCGCCGCGGGUUGGAGCUGCCCGGGCCCAGGACCCACAGUGACCACUUCAGGCUCCUACGAGGUAUCAGAGGGUUGUGAGAGGAAGAAAGGCCAACGCUGGGGGUCCCUGGAACGGCGGGGGAUGCAAGCUAUGGAGGGGGAAGUGUUACUCCCAGCUCUCUACGAGGAGGAAGAGGAGGAGGAAGAAGAGGAAGAAGAGGUGGAAGAAGAGGAUGAUCAAGUGCAGAAAGGUGGCAGCGUGGGCUCCCUGUCGGUUGGCAAGCACCGGGGCCUGAGCCUCACGGAGACGGAGCUGGAGGAGCUGAGGGCUCAGGUGCUGCAGCUGGUGGCAGAGCUGGAGGAGACCCGGGAACUGGCAGGGCAGCAUGAGGACGACUCGCUGGAGCUGCAGGGGCUCCUGGAGGAUGAGCGGCUGGCCAGCGCCCAGCAGGCAGAGGUGUUCACCAAGCAGAUUCAGCAGCUCCAAGGUGAGCUGCGGUCUCUACGGGAGGAGAUUUCCCUGUUAGAGCAUGAAAAAGAAAGUGAACUUCAGGAAAUAGAACAGGAGUUGCAUUUGGCCCAGGCUGAGAUCCAGAAUCUGCGGCAAGCAGCGGAGGACUCUGCGACUGAACAUGAGAGUGACAUAGCCUCCCUGCAGGAGGAUCUCUGCCGGAUGCAGAAUGAACUCGAGGACAUGGAGCGCAUCCGAGGAGAGUAUGAGAUGGAGAUCACCUCCCUCCGUGCAGAAAUAGAAAUGAAGAACUCUGACGUAUCCAAUAGUUUAAGUCUCUCAGAUUUCUCUGAGAUGCAAGAAGAGUUGCAGCAACUGCGGGACCGCUACCGCUUCCUGAACGAGGAGUACCAGGUCCUCCGAGAGAACAACAGUAGCCUCACAGGACAGCUUGCGGAUCUGGAGAGUGAGAGGACACUAAGAGCAACAGAAAGAUGCCUGGAGUCCCAAGCACUAGGGAGUAUGAAGUCAGCAGAGUCUCAGACUUCAAAAGAGGAUUUCCUGGAGCCUGAUCCUGAAAUGCAUUUGUUGCGACAGCAGCUGCUGGGAGCUGAGGAGCAGAUGCAUGACAUGCAGAACAAGUGUAAGAAAUUGAGUUGUGAGUUGCAAGAGCUACAGCACCAUCGCCGGACCAGUGAGGAGGAGCAGAGGCGGCUGCAGAGGGAGCUCAAGUGUGCACAGGAUGAGGUGCUUCGGUUUCAGACUUCCCACAGUGUCACCCAGGGCGAGGAGCUGAGGACCAGACUCUGUGCCCUGCAGCAAAAGUAUGAUGCUAGCCAGGAUGAGCAGAAUGAACUCUUGAAGGUACAGCUACAACUUGAGGCUGAGCUCCAGCAGCUCAAAGAUAUGAAACCCACAGUCGUAGAAAGCCAGAGUGAGAAGGAGUUACAGUGCCAGCUACAGAAGCUGCAGCUGCAGUACCAGAGCAUCAUGUGUGAGAAGGACGAGCUGCUGGCCGUGCAGCAGCAGCUGCAAGACAGCCUGCGCUGCCACGAGGCAGAGGUGCAGCACCUCAAGGGCAUCGUGGCCUCCUUCCAAGAGAGCAGAGAGAAGAAUGCAGAGAUGCACGCCCAGCUGCAGGAGAUGAAGCGGCUGUACCAGACCAGCAAGGAUGCGCUGGAGCGGAAAAAGCACAUGUGUGAUCAGCUCGAGCAGGACUUCUUGCUCUGCCGGCAGGAGCUGCAGCAGCUCAAGACCACCCAGUGCAUCCCAGAGGACAAGGGAAAGUGUGCUGAUAAGUGUGACGCACUGCUCUUCAGACUGACAGAAUUGCAGGAGAGGUACAAGGCCAGCCAGAAGGAUAUGGCGCAGCUGCAGAUGGAGCAGUGCGAGCUCCUGGAGAGGCAGAGGAGGAUGCAGGAGGCGCAGGGCCAGCUGCACGAAGAGCUGCACAGGCUCACGUUCCCGCUCCCCAGAUCUGGUCUCUUCCACAAGAGUCAGGAGCUCCUUACAAAGUUACAAGACCUGGGUGAACUACAGAUGGUCUACCAAGGCAUGCAGGAGAAGCAGAAAAAACUGAUACAGAAUCAAGAAAGUGUAUUAAAAGAACAAUUAGAACUGCAUGGAGCGCUGCAACGUUUCAAGGAGUCUGAUUUCCGGGAAGUGUUGGAGAAUCCAAAGGACUCCAAAUGGCCUAAGUCCUCAAAAUGUGGUCAUAACAAGUCAAAGGUGAUCAUCGCCCAGAUGCAGGCUCUGCAGGAGCUGUACGAGGCCAGUGAGGCUGAGCAGGAGCUGCGGCAGCAGGAGCAGGAGCGGCUUCUAGAGGAGCGGAAGAGGCUGCAGGCCGACCUGCAGCUCUGCCUGGAAGAAAUGCACAUGCUCCAAGUCCAGUCCCCUUCUGUGAAAAUGAGCCUUGAGUCCUACAAGAAGAGUUAUGGGACCACGGCCACCAGCAACGAGAACUGUCGCAGAGAUUGUAACAUUGAUGACAACGAGAGCUGUCACGAGAGGUACAACAGCAGCCAGGCCAGCGAAGAGAGCGUCCUCCAGAGCUAUGACAGGAGCACCAGUACUGGGGAGUCCUGUGGGAGGAGUUACCGCAGCAGCAGCAGCAGCAUUGCCUAUAAGAGGAGUUACGGCACCAGCAGGAGCUCUGACACUUGUCACAAGAGUUACGUCAGCAGCAGCAUGGACGACGAACUUGCCGAUCCUGAAGAUAUGGAGCGCUUUGAGGACACAGUUGCCAAGGUGUUGAUCAAGCUGCAGGGAGUGCAGGCCAUGUACCAGCUCAGCCAGGAGGAGCACGACCUGCUGCGGCAGCAGAUGAGAAACCUGCUAGACAAGCAGAAAGGGCCGAAGGAAGAGCUGGAUGCCUGCGAGAAGGAAUUCAAGGAGCGCGUGGAACGCUUGGAGAAGACUGUUGCCUCCCAAAAUGAGGAGCACGAGAUCAAAGAACUGCAGGCCAAGCUGCGGGAGCUGCAGCUACAGUACCAGGCUAGCGUGGAUGAGCGGGGGCGGCUCCUGGCCGUGCAGGAGCAGUUGGAGGGGCAGCUGCAGUGCUGCCAGGAAGAGCUUCACCAGCUCAAAGAGAAGAGGUCCUCUGUUACCAAAGAAACCAAGGGAACGAAUGGCAAUAAGAACAUGAAUAAGAAUGCCAAUGGGGUUAAAAGUAAAAAGGUGGCCGAGCCAAGCCUGGAGAGUUCUGAGGUCAGCUGUGAGACCAGAAAGAGUCUGGAGGUGGUGCUGUACUACAAGGCCAGCCACGUGGCCUUGGACGAUCAAACGAAAGAGGAAAUAGAAGAGGAAACGAAGGAGGCAAUUGAGGACGAAACGGGGGCAAUUGAGGACGAAACAAAGGAGUCCUGGGAUGAACUAGUUUCUGAGCCAUCAGGUCCUAGAGAGGUUAAAUUCAAAGAAGACCAGGAGGAGAGAUAUGAAGAGUUCCACAGCCAGGAGGGUAAGGAAGAAGGCAACGACCAAGGGGAGGAGGAUGAUGAAGCUUCAGAGGGAAGCAACCCCCUCAAGCCUUCUGAGAGCAAAAAGGCAGCUCUGCUGGCAUAUGUAUUACCGCCUGCAAAUUCAUUUUCUCCCUGGAAGAUGGUUGCAGUCAAGAACUCGCCCUUCUCCAUCGUUAGCUUGUUUUAGUGCGUUUUGUCUCACAACGACAGCAUCAGACUCCUAGGGGAUGUCCCAGAACACUGAGACUUGGUGGAACACAGCCAGAACACGCGGCUAACAAAGGGACAGGUGGCCUGGCAGGAGGCUGCCCUUCCUAGAGUGACCCAGGCAAAGUAGACAUCCUGCUCAUCCGGAAGGCCCAGCUUUACUCUCUGGAGCUUCACUUUUCCAGUUACUGACCUACAAGAAGGGUCUAGGUGCAGAUAACCCUUGCUUGACAAGAUAUAAGAGGGAUAUGACAAGCCAAAAAUGUGGCCCCGAAUUGGACCUACGCCGCUGCUUAACCCUUGCAGUUUUGCAUCUCCCAUAGGCGACCCACGGGAAGAACCAGGCCCGAGUAGCGGAGAAGAAAUACCGCUGCUCUCGCUUACCUGUUGUUUAACCUCUUGAUCUCUUUCCCUUUUCCCUUUGUUUUAUCAUCUUCAUUAUCUGUUGGAUUCACGUGUUUAUGUCUUUUUAUACCAUCUCUCAUCUCUGGUCUCUCCUCGUGCCUCUUUCUCAUUUGAUAUGUUGCAGCCAUCCCCUGCCCCCAAUCCCCCCAUCUUCUCCUUGCCUCUCGUAGGCCUGGUGGUCAUAUCGGCUUUGCUCUGGUGCUGGUGGGCUGAGACGUCGUCCUAACGCAGGUACUGGUAUUGCGUCCCCUCCUUCUGAGGGAUAGAGGGAGGGUGCAGGUUGCCCUGGCCUCUCCACUUUCCCUUUUCUCUGAGCCGCUUGCUUCUUGCUUUUGCCAUUUUACAACAGGUGAUAGUCAGGUCUGAGUUUUAGCCCUGGCUUUUCCUUGGGCUACUGCAAAGCCCAUAACGUCUCAGAGAAUGUCUCCCUAACUUGUACGGAAUUGGAGUGCUCGCCAUUGACAUAGUUUGAGUUUCUGUACUCUGGCUGGGAAAAAGUUGAAUGAUCCCAGCACUGUGGCUACUUUCAAAGCUCCCUCGACUACUUCUGAUGAGCUGAUGUCUGACUACAAGGCUGGCCUGGCUGCUCUUUGUCUUUGUUUAGCCCCAGAGCCAAGCUCUCACUACGGUCACUACCCAGGAUGGCAGAAUAAGGAAUCACUGCCUCCCCACUUGGGUGAGAGAGGAGGUCUGGAGAGUUGUGAUCCCCGAAGGUCAUCUGUAUGAGGAGAACCUCGAUUCGUCCUUCAGCCUUGGCAUCAAACUCUUAUCAUAUUAUGUACUUUCUACUGAGAAGUUCUCUGGUUUGGGGAUUCUAGUCUCCAAAAAAUCAGAACAAGAAUGCCACAUCCCUUUUGGGGGUCAGAUUCUAUUGUAAUUGGCUUCCCAAGCUAGGCUUUCUGGAGAGAAUGUGGUAUUGGUGAGAAGUUUCCACUAACCAGAAAUGCAGUGUUUUCAGGGAGCCAAACUGAUAUAUUCUGGGCACCAGUCCACGUAAUCUGAUCUGUCAACAGGGCACCAAAUUCAGGAGGCAGAAUGUAGUCUCAUGGCCCAAGGUAGAACCCUUCCAGACCCAUAAACUAUUCUCUCUUGGCCUGUUUUGGCUCCUUUCCCACGCUCCCCCUGCCACUCCCACUCCCCCACCCUCUCUUCUCACAUCCCUGUAAAUGGAGUGUAGUUGGCUCACUGCAUAGGUUCAGAGUGAC